AUGGUGCGGGAGUGUGCCGUGUAUGGCGUGCCCGAUGAAACCUGGGGCCAAGUGGUCACUGCGGCGGUGGUCUACAAAUGGCCGCGGGUGGUGCAUGUCGUGCCAGCCAUUCCCAAGAACGCGAUGGGAAAAGUCAACAAGAAACAACUGACCGCGGUAUUUGAUACCGAGUUUAAAGUAUAG